CUAGCCACAUCCAGUUGGGCCCUUGACUGUGCUGUCGUGGCCUAUUCGCCUGCUGGUGCUUAAACUUUUCUAGCUGCUGAGUAUUGGUGCACUGUAGAAGCGAGGAAGCAGGGGUGUAGCUAUUGAGGCGAAAUAGUUUAGUCUUUAAUUUCAUAAUGCCUGGUCCUGCGGCAUCUGCCACUAAUGUCGGUGCUUCUGGCCGUUCUCCCAGCAAGGCCGUUGCUCCACGUGCAGCUGGCUCCACUGUUCGGCAAAGGAAAGCAACCAGCAGUGGGACGAGAAGUGCUGGCAGAGGUGCAUCAUCUGGAACAGGAGGAAUGUGGCGAUUCUAUACGGAAGACUCUCCUGGACUUAAAGUUGGUCCUGUUCCAGUGCUUGUCAUGAGUCUCCUGUUCAUUGCUUCAGUGUUCAUGUUGCACAUCUGGGGAAAGUACACUCGCUCCUAGGACAAAGAGCCUGGCUUCCUUCAUGUUACAUCAUCUCUCUCUUAAUUAUUUAAAUUUUGAACUGGACCAAAUCCCUUCCAUUUCCAUUUUACCAACUUUCUGGUUUUAUUGCUGCAAGAAUGAUUUGGAUGAAGAGAACUUCACUGAUUUUUUUUUUUUUAAAUUUUUUUCCCUCUUUAUGAAUUUAUGAGGAUACUUUUUCCCUUCAGUUGUCAACCCAAAAAGACUUUACUUUUUGGAUACCAGACUUUUUUGUGCAGCUUUUGUUAAAAUCCAUAUUGUGCUACAAUAAAUGCUCUCAAGUCGCAGCUGUAUGUCUGUGUUGACAAUUAAGUGGUCCUGAAACAAUGAAAAUUUUAUCUGCUAGUAACAUUAACAUAAGUGCACAUGCUUUUUAUUAAAAAUAA